AUUAUGAAGCAAAUGUCAUCUUCUCAUAUGGAUAAUAUCCCAUCAACACCUGGGAAAUUUAAGAUGGAAAAAUCCCCUUAUAAUCAUAGAUUCAGAUGGCAUUAUUCAUCUCUAGCAAAACUCACAUUCUGGAGCUUUGUGUUCUUGGGAUUAAUCUUGGUUUUCUUCUACAAAUCACCAUCUACAACAUCAUCAUCAUCAAUCCCAUCAGAUCUCUCUCGCAGAUCUUUGAAAACCAGUUCAUGGGGCGGACUCGCCUGGGAAAAACGGGUCAGAUCCUCCGCCAGGAUCCGUUCCCGAAACGGGUUUUCCGUUUUAGUCACCGGAGCAGCCGGGUUCGUCGGAACCCACGUCAGCGUCGCCUUGAAACGCCGUGGAGACGGCGUUUUAGGUCUCGAUAACUUCAACGACUACUACGAUCCGUCGCUGAAAAGGGCUCGUCAAUCUUUACUCGAAAGAAGUGGGAUUUUCAUCGUGGAAGGAGACAUAAACGACGUCGCAUUACUCCACAAACUCUUCGAGGUAAUCCCUUUUACUCACGUUAUGCAUUUAGCAGCUCAAGCUGGUGUUCGUUACGCCAUGGAAAACCCAUAUUCAUAUGUGAAUAGUAACAUCGCUGGAUUCGUUAAUCUUCUUGAAACCUGCAAAAAUGCAAACCCACAACCUGCAAUCGUUUGGGCAUCUUCAAGUUCUGUUUAUGGAUUGAACACAAAAGUCCCAUUUUCCGAAAAAGAUCGAACCGAUCAACCCGCUAGUCUCUACGCUGCCACGAAGAAGGCCGGCGAAGAAAUCGCGCAUACGUAUAAUCACAUCUAUGGCUUAUCUUUAACUGGUUUAAGAUUCUUUACUGUUUAUGGACCUUGGGGAAGACCAGACAUGGCUUAUUUCUUCUUCACAAGAGAUAUCUUAAAGGGGAAAUCGAUUCCGAUCUUUGAAGCUGCAAAUCAUGGAACUGUGGCUCGUGAUUUCACCUACAUUGAUGAUAUCGUAAAGGGUUGUUUAGGAGCUUUAGAUACGGCCGAAAAGAGCACCGGAAGUGGCGGAAAGAAACGCGGCCCUGCUCAAUUACGGGUUUUCAAUUUGGGGAACACCUCACCCGUUCCAGUUUCGGAUCUUGUCAGCAUUUUGGAGAGGUUAUUGAAGGUUAAAGCGAAAAGAUUGGUGAUGAAAUUGCCAAGAAACGGUGAUGUUCAGUUCACGCACGCGAAUAUCAGUUUUGCUCGGAGGGAAUUCGGGUAUAAACCGACAACCGAUCUUCAAACGGGAUUGAAGAAAUUCGUGAGAUGGUACGUGAGUUACUACGGAUCGGUAAAGAAAAGCGAUCAGUGAUUAGAUGAUGAUGUUCUUGAAGGAUUCUUUUCUCAAAAAGGGGUAAAUUUUUUUGUCAAAUUCUUGUUGAUUUUGGUCUGCAUAUGAUUGUUUUUAUCUGUGAUGGUGUUCUUGAGUUUCCAGAAAUCCCACGAUUUGGUUGUUUUUGAUUUGUGAUUUGUACCAAGAAAAGUAGCAAACAUUUUUAGGGUUUAUUGUUGUAGAAUUCAUGAAGAAUUUGACCAUAAUUCCAUUGCUUUUUGAUCUUGUCGACUUGUAUCAUUUUACGAAAUUCAAAUAAAUAGAACACGAUAGUUUCGGGUUU